UUUUAUUUUACAUUUCGUAUUCUAAAUACAAACAAGGAACUCAAAAAUAGUUUGAAAACAAAUUUGAAAGUAAUUUAUUUAGUCUUGAACGUAAAACCCUACAACCAACAUGUUGCGUAUUGUGAUUUUGCCUUUGUUAAUUUUCUUGUUCUCCAUGGCAUGUAUGGGUCAAACAUUUCAAUAUUCCAGAGGCUGGACUAAUGGCAAACGCGCUGGUGCGGCCACAACAUUAAAUAAUCUCUUGCACAAUAAAGAAGAUGAUGGUAUGUCCGAGUUGUUUGAGGUGCAGGAAGCCAAUGAAAGAAGAUUGGAAAGAUGUCUUUCACAACUUCAACGUUUUGUUAGAAAUCCUUUACUUUUACACACAACUGCGGCAGCUUUGGCGUUAAAUCCCGCCGCCUCAUCCUCCAGUCAAAGCAGCAAUAGCAACAGUAACAUGAACAACAUUCCAUAUGGCAGGAAUCAUCAAUCAAAUGAAUUGUUUGAAGAACUUGGUGCCGCUGGCACAAUAAUCGAUACAAAUGAUUAUGUGAAACAUUAAAAUAUUUUCAAACUCCUUCCUUCUUCUAUAUAACCAACAUGCUUACGAGAACAAUGAUGACGAUUAUGAUGAUGCUACUGGUAAAAAGGAUAAUGUUUAUAUUAGGAAUUCAAACGUAAGAAGUUUAUGAUUGUUAUGCGUACACACACACUACUAUGUUAAACAAAAAAAAAAAAA